GGGUUUUCCUGCAUCGAUUUGAUUUUGACUGUAAAGCCUUUGACUUCAAUCCAUCUUCUUCCCCCAAAAGAAACCCUAAUUCCGUACAACCCCCAAUUCCCUCAGAACCCUCCGAUUUUUCUGAUUCACGUCUUCAAUUAGGGUUUCCUUACUCCUUUGCUUCCAAAACCCUAGCUCCGCAAACCAGUGCUCUGAAAUUAGGGCUUUUUGGGUUUUUAUGCAUGGCUUCGGGGCCAAAUCCAUUGGCCGGUGACGGCGCGAGGGAGAAGCACAUGAACCGGAAGAACCAGAAGAAGCCGAGAGAACGAACCGCCAUUGACGACCGAAGCUCGUCCAGCGAGAGCUUCCCUAUAUCCGGCCGCUCCGAGACGGCCAACGGCGGCGGACUCCAUGGGUACACAAAACUCGACGGCCGCGUCAGAAUCAGCUUGAAUUCGUGCUCGAAGAUCGAUAUCAGAGAGCUCAAGAGGAGACUCGUGAGCGAGCUCCACGAGGUCAGGUGUUUGGUGAAGAAACUCGAAGCUUCUAAGGACGUUUAUGGCGGCGGCGGCGGCGGUAGUCUCUCGCAAUUCUCGUCGAAUUACGUGGAAAACGCCGCAAUGAGGGUCAAUUCAGAGGCCGGCUCGGUCGGACCGCCGCGGAGCGGACUGAAGUCAAAAGGAGGGAAGAGAGAUGUUGAGAUGAGAUUAGGGCAAGGGAAAGAUAAGUAUUCGAGUCAAUUGUUUAAGAGUUGUUACAAUUUGCUUGACAAACUGAUGAAACACAAGUUUGGUUGGGUUUUCAAUUCUCCUGUUGAUGUUAAAGCUCUUGGUCUUCAUGAUUACUUUACAAUUAUUAAGGAUCCGAUGGAUUUAGGAACUGUUAAAACUAGACUUCAUAAGAUGUGGUAUAAAUCGGCUAUGGAGUUUGCUGAAGAUGUUAGGCUUACUUUUCGGAAUGCGAUGGUGUAUAACCCUAAAGGACAGGAUGUUCAUUCAAUGGCGGAGCAGUUGUUGAAGAUUUUUGAAGAGAAAUGGAGAGGUAUAGAAGUGGAGUAUAAUCUCAAAAGAAGGCGCGAAAUGGAGGACGAGGAGGAGGGUGGAGAAGAGGCGGAUUUGGAAUUGGCAAGACCCGCUUCGAGAAAAGCCCGGGAUCCUGCUGUUCCGGCAAUGAGAACACUAGACAGAGCAGAAUCAAUGACGAAGCCCAAGGAUCCGAAGUUGGCAGCGGUGCCAGAGAGAUCUGAUCGGAGUAAUCCGGUUUUGAAGAAACCGAGAGCGAAGGACCCAGAUAAACGAGAUAUGACGUAUGAGGAGAAGCAGAGGCUGAGCACAAGCCUUCAGAAUUUGCCCUCGGAAAAGCUGGAUAAUGUGGUUCAGAUCAUUAAGAAGAGAAAUCCAGGGCUUUUUCAACAAGAGGAUGAGAUCGAGGUCGAUAUCGCUAGUGUUGACCUGGAAACGCUUUGGGAAUUGGAUAGGUUUGUGACCAAUUACAAAAAAAGUUUGAGCAAGAAUAAGCGAAAAGCUGAACUUGCUCUCCAGUCCAGAGCAGCAGAGACUGAGAAGAAAAAAAUGGCUUCUUCAGAGACACCUAAACCAAAAGGAUCCAAAACAGAUUCUGACAAUGAUGGUUUGUCUGGGAGUGGAUCAGACUGAAGACGAGACUUGAAUGGGAAGCGUUGACAUAGGAAGCAUGUGUUAGUUGAUUUGGUAAUGAUUAGAUCGAUGUCAUUGGUAAAAAUUUUAGUCAGUUGGUAAAAGCGUUGAUUUUUAUUUUCGGAGCCAGCUUUUUGUUCUUCAAAUUGUGCAUUAACAUAAAACUCAAUUAGCUGGUUUUGUAAAGAAAUGUGUCUCGUAUGGUAUGUACAUUUUUCCAUGCUCAUAUGAAAC